AGCUUCAUUUACGAGAAGUCACUGCGUAUAUCAUCAUGGUCGUUAUCUGGUGGUGAAAUGACUGUGGGGCAAAUCACUAAUCAUAUUAAUGUGGAUGCAGGUAUUAUACAGUGGUUCUUCAUAUGGCAAUAUUUUGUUUGGGCUGCACCAUACCAGAUAAUCGUGAUUUUAAUUCUAUUAUACUUGAAGUUGGGAGUAGCAUCGCUUGUUGGUGCAUUCAUAAUAUUCAUUACCACGCCACUCUCGUACAAAAUUGCAAAAAAGAUGUCAAUGCAACUGAAUAAAGUGUUGUCAAUAAGUGAUGUUCGUUUAAAGAAGUCAAAUGAACUCAUACAGGGUGUUAAACUAUUAAAAUUGUAUGGCUGGGAAGAUUUAUUCACAUCUUCCGUGGAGAAAGUUCGUUCUCGUGAAGUGAGUGAAAUAAUGAAGGCAGGUGUAUAUAUGAUUGCAACAUCAUUUAUAGCCCAAGCCGUACCAGUAGUUAUUACAUUUAUUUCAUUUGCUGUGUAUGCUUCAACGAAUCCUACUCCAUUGACACCAGUGAUAGUUUUCUCUUCGUUGGCUCUUUUCAACCAACUUAUUCAGCCAAUGGGAACAGUGUCAAUAGUUAUUGGGUUUUUUGCAAAUUCAUUGGCAAGUGUCGAAAGACUGCGAGUCUUUUUUGCUGCAACUGAGAUUAAAGACUUUGACUGUGGGCGUCCAUUAUUGUCAAAAGGAUUCGAUUUCAAUUCUGGUGGUGAUGAUGCUGAAACUUUACUUGACGAUCCUGUUAUUGAUGAUAUAGAGAUCACUGGGAAUGAUCAAGAUUGUCUUAUUACAAACUCUAGUCUCUUAUAUGACAAUGGCGCUAGUUAUGGUACAUUUAAUACUGAAUCAACAGUCAAUCAAGGAACAACUGCGGUCCCGCUACCAGACAGUAUAGCGUUGCAGGUUAACAAAGGACAUUUUGCGUGGGAUGUGGAUGACGCAAUAGUGUCGUUAUGCAAUAUAGAUUUGAUGAUUCCCAAAGGUUCACUAACGAUGGUUAUUGGAUUAGUAGGUAGCGGAAAAUCAUCUGUCUUAUCAGCUAUAUUAGGAGAAAUGACACUGAUAUCUGGUACAGUGCAGUUCAACAAUUUAUGGAAUCGCAUAUCGUACUGUCCACAGACGGCGUGGCUACAUAACGCAACAAUAAGAGAGAAUAUUGUUUUCGGAUCAGCAUUUGAUUACAAGAGGUAUCAUUCAGUUCUAGAUGUGUGUGCUCUGACACCGGAUUUGAAUUUGUAUGCUGGAGGGGACAUGACAGAAAUUGGCGAAAAGGGUAUUAAUCUAAGCGGAGGACAAAAACAACGAAUUAGUGUUGCUAGAGCUAUUUAUAGUAAAACAGACAUCAUUGUUAUGGACGAUCCUUUAUCUGCACUUGAUGUACAUGUUGGUAAACAUCUUAUGGAACAAGCUAUCACCGGUUUUGUAUCGAAUGAGAACAGAACAGUUAUACUAGUUACACAUGCACUGCAAUACCUACACCAUGCAGAUCAAGUAAUUAUAAUGGAAAAUGGAAAGAUUGAUAAGCAGGGCAAUUUAGAAGAAAUAGAAGAAGGCAGUGAUUUGUGCAGAGAAUGGACGGGAAAGAUCAAGCUAAUUAGUGAUUCAGAAACGGAAGGUUUAUCAGAGGAAGAAAUGUUACAUACAGAUCAAAGACUAUUACUGGAUGAAGAUACGGAGAUGCCAGAAAAGUGUAUGGAAAAAAAUCAACAUAGAGGUGCAGCUGCAUCGUUAAUUGAGGAAGAAGAUCGAGAACGAGGUUCUGUUUCAUCACGAGUUUAUCUUGCAUAUGGACGAGCGAUUGGUUUGCGAUUAGUGACUAUCAUUAUGAUAGUAUAUGCACUACAAUGUACUGCUCUGAUUAUGACAAAUUUCUGGCUCUCUGAAUGGUCCGAUGCUGGUGUGGAUACAAUGAAUCAAACCAAGGAAGAGAUAGAAGAGCAAACGCAAUAUUAUCUUAACAUCUAUGCUGCCCUUUCUUUCACGUACGUCGGAUUUGUGCUGUUGGCCAUCAGCUGUCAAAUUAUAUUUUCAAUACUUGCAGCAAAGCAUUUGCACAAAGCUUUGCUAUGGAACAUCUUUCAUGCACCAAUGAGAUUUUUUGAUACUACGCCAACUGGUCGAAUACUUAAUCGGUUCUCUAGUGAUACACAAAUGAUUGAUCAGAAAUUAUGGAUGACAUUUAAUGGCCUGUUUCAAUACAGCCUCCAGUGUAUAUCCGCUAUCAUUGUCAAUAUUGUGGUGAGCCCAAUCUUCUUGGUUGGCAUAGCACCAUUAGUUGUUUUGUAUUAUAUGAUAUUACGAUAUUUUGUGUCAACUUCCAGGGAACUUCAGCGUCUUGAUAACAUAACAAGAUCCCCAAUAUAUCAACACUUUUCUGAAACUCUAUCUGGUUUGUCAACGAUACGCGCAUACAGAUGUGAGGAACGAUUUCGACGAGUUUUGGCGAGUGUUUUACACCGACAUAAUGUCGUUCAACUUUUCCUCCACCUUAGUAAUAGGUGGGUAGGAGUACGAUUGGAGCUAGUGGGUUCUUUGUUCAUAUUGGUAUCCGGUUUGGGUAGUCUUCUCAGCUGUGUAUUUUUAAAUCUUCAACCUAGUUUGGUUGGACUAGCAUUGACACAAGCACUUUUAGUUUCAGGGUGUUUGUUUUGGACAGUGCGUUUCACAGCAGACUGUGAAAUGCAAAUGAGUGCAGUAGAAAGAGUUGAACACUACACUGAAAUCGAAACAGAGCAAUACCAGGGUGUUUAUAACCCUCCAGGCGACUGGCCUGAUCGAGGUGACAUCCAAUUUGAGAAUGUAUCUGUACGAUAUGCAGAUGAUUUAGAAGCGGUAUUAUAUAACAUCAAUAUUCACUUUAAAUCUGGUCAAAAAAUAGGCAUAUGCGGUCGAACAGGAAGUGGCAAAUCGUCCUUGGCACUAACAUUAUUGAGAAUGAUCGACAUGUACCAAGGACGAAUUAUCAUCGAUGGUGUGGAUAUAUCCAGUGUACCUUUGUUAACUCUGCGUAGUAGAUUAACAAUUAUUCCACAAGAUCCAACUCUGUUUGAAGGAACAAUACGGUUUAAUCUUGAUCCAGACUACCUGAAAAGUGACGAGGAACUAUGGGAAGCGCUGGAAAUAGCACAAUUGAAAAUCAGUGUAUCAGAACUGGACAUGCAGUUGGAUGCACAAGUGUCAGACGGAGGGGAGAACUUUAGUGUUGGGCAGCGACAGCUAUUCUGUCUGGCAAGAGCUUUCCUCAGAAAUUCAAGAAUUAUUAUUAUGGAUGAAGUAACAGCAUCAAUUGAUUUAAAAACCGAUGAAACGUUACAGUACGUUAUUACCAAUGCUUUUGCUGAUAGCACUGUUUUAACCAUUGCCCAUCGUAUAUCCACUAUACGAAAUUCCGACUAUAUAAUGGUACUCAGUAAUGGUGAAGUGGUGGAAUAUGAUACUCCAGAAAAUCUACUCAAGAAAGACGAUGGAAUAUUUGCAUCUCUGGUAAAAGGAUAA